AUGUUUCGCGACGGCUUGGCGGUUUACGGCCCAACACCUACAGAACUACAAGGGCUGUUAGAGAGGUCGCAACAGUGCCGUAGAAAAAUUCGUCUUCUGCAGACUGCAAUGGAGUCCCGGUUAAAUGAAGUACUGGACGCAAAGGUCACAGAAUACAGAAACUACUUAGAUACUGUUGGUUUGGGCCAUGCAUCGGCAUCUUUGUGGCAUGACCCGAAGAUUGACCUUGACCGCGAAAGACGUGUGGCCCACGGGCAGGCCGUGAAACGGUUCAACGUCGCGCUGCAAGCACAGCAGACAAAACGGGAAUUGGAACAGCAGGACGAAUCAGAACCAAGACUGCGUUUGGCCGAAGUGCGUGCAAUGGAACAGGAACGGGCGCAUUUAGUUGCUGCUCUUCCAAAACCGGCUCCACCACCCUACGACCUAGACGCACCAGCUCGAGCUCCAAAACAGUCAGUUCUUGUUCUAGAUGCAGAAUCCCAAAACACAGCCGCCGUUUACACAGCUCCAUCUACGGUGUUCAUGACCACUUCGACGAAAGAUAGUUCCGACAAAACUUCAAAUGAAGCACAGGAUGCUGUGUCCUCAGCGCAAAUGGAAGAAGACAGGUUCUUGCUCGCACAACAAGCCAGUAGUGUGCGCACCAAGGAGGAGCUUAUCAAAGCGGACGUACGAGGACACGAGGCACUGAAGCGAGAACGUGUUCAACAGCAUUACCGGACCCUACUUGACCGGAUGGAUGAACUUAGUCGUACUGAAGCCGCUCGACUCCGUUCAGAGGCGAAGAUGAUGAAACCCAACGAUGAACACGUCGUGAAACGGCGCCUGGAAAAAGUGUUCGAAAAAGAGAUAUUGCAACAACUAUCCGACACAAGACAGCAACCUGACAAUGCGGAGUUUCCUAAUUCUUUGGAUCACGUAGUACGUGCCUCAAGACCCUCCGUUUGGGACGAAAUGGACGAAAAUGCUGCGGUAUCUGAUGACCUUCAAACAAGUGGGGAGACAAAACGUGGAGUCUUAACCUCUCGCGAAAAUCUCAUGCAAGAAGUGAGAAAAGAUGCAGAAGCUACUCACGUGCCUACUUCAAAGCCUUCCUGGACGUCUCCCAAUGCGCUCCCCGCUGUCCCUAUUCGAAAUGACAGUGGUUCCGCUAGUUCAGGUGACGUAAGCCAGCAAAUGCGUGGGACGCCGAGAACUGGUUUUAUUUCUCCAGAAGCCAAAAGCCUCAGCGAUUCGUGUCUUACACUGUCAUUCGAAGGUAAUCUCCGGCCCGGCGCCGAAUCACUCGUUCAUGACGAGCACUCAACGCUCUUCGUUGUUUCCCGACCAUCACUGAUUUUGAGGAACGAAUCUGCCAAUGAGCGAGACUUAGUGUCGAGCGCAACUCAUCGUGUCGACAAAUCACCGCGACUUCGUCUCGAAUCGGAUCUCAUUCGAGAGCAAGCCUUAUUAGAUGAAGAGUUGGCCACAAUCGAAUCGAGGUUGGCCCGUCUACGCAUGGCUGCUGCAACCAACGCUCAUAUCAGAGACGAAAACUUGUCAGCCGAGAGUGUGAAUGAACCGGUGUCCUUGGUUGCGAAGCAAGUGACUCCACGUGAGGCCUAUGUUGUUGAAGGCUUUGCUGCACAGGACAAUCCGGAUAAGAGCUCACGGGAAAUGCCGCCUGAAGUCUCUGAACCCUCAAUCCCAACCAAGCAACCCUUACUCAAAAGUCUGCCACAACCAUGUGUUGAACAACUUGCUGCUCUCGUCCGUUCCCAAGUGUCCUCGCUUCGUGCUCCAGUGGACUUACCCAGUCUCACUAGUCCGACUCUGGUAUCUUCAUCGUCAUCAUCGCUGGUUCAACCGGAUUCCUUCUCAGAGGUGCAACAUUCACCCGAUUCUGUCUCAGAUACCGUGUCUGAAGAUGUGACUCCAACCCCUCGAAAAUCAUCCUCAUCCAUCGGAAUUACCUUACCGGAAGAGGAACCACUGACUGACGACUUAUCUCCCUCCAAGGAGCCGGUGCUUGGAUUCCAACUUGAUUCCACCGGUGCUUUCCAGAGAAGUGAACCAACAAACUUGUCUGCCGUCUUGGCACCCAAUAGCUCUCCACCUAUUCCAGACGAUACGUUGAACUCUCGUGAAAGUGCUGAUGUACCCUCGAAUGUGCCCCUGGCACCUCGGUUAUCCCUAACUGGUUUGUCGGCUGACGAGCGGGCCGUGUUGAAAUCCGUCAACAAAUUGGCGGCCAGACUAACCAACGUGGCAAUCCACGAGGCCUCCAAGGAACUUGCCUCAUUGUCUGUUCCUGCAGACUCGACCUCGAUGCCACCGUUACCCACCUCCAGUAUGACAUUACCAACGGCACCGGAUCAAACUGGGGACUCCAAAUUUUCGCCUUCCUCAUCUUCCAGCUCAACAACCACCGGACUAAAUCAAGAGCCCCUUGUAUCCACUAGGCAGCCGAAUGAGAUCACCAGUCUUGAGCCGACCUGUACCUUUUCGUCGGAUUCGUUGAAAGCCGAGCUCCGUUCAUUGCUGACUUCAUCGUUGAUCAAUACGCUUCUCAGUCGGACAACGGAUUCCACCAUUUCCACUACUGGUUUGUCUGGGACGGACGUACUGCGCCGCAUUCUAAAUUCACAUGGAAAUCCAGUGACCAAUGGGGCCAGUUUAGACCUGCAAUCGACACAAGCUUUGCACUCUUCAAGCGACACUGCAAACUUUGUCGGAUCAAACGGAGAAGCUGCUCCCGCUGCUGUCACCUCACCUUCAUCUGUUUCCCCUAGCAGCGCAAGCCAGCACGAACAACCGUGUUCCGUUCCGGUUCACACUACGGAGGCUAUCGAUUCUUCUCCAUUGGACGAAAACACAACCCAUCCGCCAAGUUACCCUGUGGCGGGUGAUGAACUUCAAGCACCUCGUCUCUCAGAACAUGAGGCGGCCAUCAAACAGAUGAAAACCCGGGUUUUGCAUGAAUACAUCACGGUGAACAAAGAUUGGUUACUCAGCUUGGCAGGGCACAACACCAAGUUAAAGAGCUUUGGUACGGCGUCGUCCACAUCUGCAUCCAGUUCACGAACAUGCUCUUGUUCUUCGGCUUCGUUCCGUCAUCUGUCGGCAGCGGACGGUGAAUCUGAUGAGGGUCAUAGUUCCCCACAGGAUACCAAAACAGACGCGGCACUGUCGGCUUCCGCAACCUGGAACGCAAGCCAGCACCAGGCGACCCGUUCCCAACCCUCAACACUGACCUGGCAUUCUUCAUAUACGCCAUUCAAGCCACUUCCGCGUCUUGAAGAAGCCGUUUCGGAGGAGUCUGUACAAGAUUCUCUGACACAUCUUCCCGUAUUGGCUGAGAACGCUAACGCAGCGGUGGAUGCGUCCCGUACACCUUCCUCUUCGUGGUCAGGGAGUCGCAGGUCGGCUUCUGAGUUUGGUGCUCUUUCUCGGUGUUCUACCUCGAAUUCGAACCUCGAGUCCGCUCGACCCUCAACCCCCGUUCCUCCUGGGAGUACAGAAAAUUCACCAGGAUCAUGUUUAUCGUCUUCUGUGGAAAGAAAAAGCACAUCCGAGGAUACAACGUUACACCAACUACGCAAUCGUGUUCCAUCGACGCCGGCGGAACCCCAAGAGGUCGAAGUGGUUCCGUGUCUUGGGUCCAAUAUGUCUUCCGCGUCGUCCCACCUCCAUCCAGACAGCCUGAUUCGGGAACUGCUUGAUAGUGGAGAGGAUAACAGCUUUUGGCUGCUCAAUCAACCGCCUCCAGCUCGGCCGUCUUAUCAAACAGAACAACCUCCGGGCUUGGCAGCUCAGACACGGACCACAACCACGAUCGAUUCAAGUUUGGUGUGGGACGAUAUGGAGGGGGAUGGAUCCAAAGAACAUCUCUCCAGUCAAGCCUUGGUUGCUACCAGUGACCCAAAAGUUUGGCUUUUUUCCAGUGACCCAAAAGUUGCACAGAUUCGUUCCACCUACAUCAGUUUUGAGCACCGGGAAACGGCAAAGUGGAAUAUAAAACCAAGUCUUGGAAGCGAAGGCAUGUUCAGUUCGUUCGGAAAUCGGACUACAAAGUCACCCCUCAAGUAUUCCACACACCACCAGCACCAAUUAUAUUUUUCGGUUCGCUUUAGCACCCUUUCGAUGCCCAACUGUCAGGCCACCCAAAAGAAGUAUGAGGGCUGGGAUACCGCCAGGUUACCCAAGCUUAGACAGGGCAAGUCGAGAGGCAGAGGUCGGGUUCGAACCACGGACCUUCCGGUGGGGAAAUUCGUGCUCUAA